UAGCUAGCUAUCUGUCUAUCUUUUAGUUAGAAUUAACUAGCAUUUUUGCCUUUUUUUUUCAACCACUUUUUACCACUACUAUUCUCAUUUUUCAACUAGUCUAUAGACAGACGGAUUAAACGUUGACGCCUUGUGGUGUAUUCUCUGACCGAUAUACAGCCGAGUUUUUUUUUAAAUUAUUUGGAGGCUAACACAAGAAGAAAAAAAAUAAUCCCGUCUAUACACAAUCACAACAAGCGGGAGAAUGUCACAAUUCCAGCCUAUUUCACUUGGUCAAACAGUUCAGAUACCAUCUCAACAACAACAGCAACAAAUUCUACAACAGCAAAAUCAAUGUCAACAGUAUCAACUGGAACCGUGUGAUAUUAAACCACAAUUCUCGUUAAUACCAAAUGUAUCACAGAAUUUAACUAACAACAACAACAACAGUGGUAAUAACAUGAAUAUAUCUCAAAGUGGUAUAGGUAACUUUGGUGCUUUAAUGACAACAUUAGAUACUGUAGUCAGUGGGAUGAAUAACAAUAAUAAUAAUAACAAUAACACAGGCGGUGGGCAAGCAGGACAAUUCGCUACACCGAUGAAUCACACGGAUGUCGCCUCACUUCUAAUGAAUCCAAGUAAACGUGCUGAAACAUUUGUCAUUGAUGAAGUCAAAGUUAUGUUAAAAGAGAUCGAGGCAAGAAAGCAUAUCCUACUGUCAUUAUCACCGUCGACAAAUCGUUUAAAACGUCGUGCAUGGGAAGAUGUAGCUAUGUCUAUGGCAGCUCGAUGGCCUCAUGCACCGAGAAGAACAGCUGAUCAAUUUGCCAAUGUACUCUACUUAGAAGCACCUGCUGGUGUCGGCUUCUCAUAUUCUGUCAACGGUAGCUUUCAAACAGACGAUGAUACAACAUCAGAAAACAAUUUCUAUGCACUACUGAAUUUUUUGAGCAAAUUCCCAGAAUAUGAAAAACGUGAUUUCUACAUAACUGGUGAAAGUUAUGCUGGUGUCUAUGUGCCUACACUGGCUCUCCGAGUUAUUAAUUCAAAUAAAUUUAACUUGAAAGGGAUUGCAGUAGGUAACGGAUAUACUCAUGAUGAAUUUUUGGACAAUUCUGCUUUAUACUUUGCUUAUUAUCAUGGACUUGUAGAUGAAGACCAAUGGAAUACCCUAUUGACACAAUGUUGUCAAGUUGGAUAUCCUACUAAAUGUCUAUUUACUAGAAACGCUACAGACUUUUGUGAUGCUAUUAUUGGUGAAAUAGCCGGCAGUGUAAUGACUGAAAUGAAUAUUUACAAUAUUUAUUCUGAAUGUGAAGGUGGCAUUACUCCACAUCAUCCAGCUUCUAUGAAUAAACACAGUGAUUUUGGUAAUUUAUUCCGUGAGAAUAAAUAUAUGCAAAAACAUCGUCAAUCGUUGGAAACAAUGAGUGGUAAACUUCAAACUCGACUGACAAUCCCUUGUUUAAAUGAUUCAACAAUACGUGAAUAUUUCAAUUCAUCAGAUGUACGUAAAGCUUUACAUGUCAGAGAAGAUAUACCUGUAGAAUGGGAUAUAUGCAGUCAAGAAGUGAAUUUUGGUUAUACACGUCAAUACACUGACUUGUCAUCACAGUAUACACAACUUUUACAAUCUGGUGUCAAUAUUUUAAUUUACAACGGUGAUACUGAUAUGGCAUGUAAUUAUAUAGGUGAUGAAUGGUUUGUAGAUAAUUUGAAUUUACCGGUGGAAAUGAAUCGUACAUCUUGGUACUAUACAGAAGCUGAUGGCACACAACAAGUUGGUGGUUAUUGGAAAGGCUAUAAACUGAACAAGUCACUUUUAGUCUAUACAACAAUCCAUGGAGCUGGACAUAUGGUUCCACAAGAUAAACCAGUUGCUGCUUAUACUAUGAUGUCAAUCUUUGUUCAAGCCGAUUAA